CCGCCACCUACCACCACGCCCCGCCUCUUCCCCUGCAGCACCUUCCCGUGGCGUCGUCCCCUACUUCCUGUGGCCAUGCCGGUGCCCUAGCCCCGCCUGCGCCACUAGCACGGAUUUGACCCGCCUCCAUCACCCUUCGGACGAAGGCCUCCCCAGCAGUUAGAUCCGCCUCUCCCAUGGUCGGAUCCGCCUCUCCCAACGGCCAGAGCCCUCUCUCACUGCUAGCCGUCGCCCCUGCUUCUCCACCGCCGGAGAGGGGGAGGGCAGCGGAUUAGGCCGAGAAGCAGUCGAGGAGAUGGGAAGAGCAGUGACGGGGAGGCGACACUUCUUCUCCAACCAGAUCGAGCAGUGGUUUGAGGUGCCCCAAUGUGUCGUGCGUGCCUCCCCUUGCUCCCCCGUUCGCUCACCGCCGCCAAGAUCCGGCACCUACCUUCCUCUCUCGAGCUUCUCUGCAGAUGAGCAUGGGGAGUGCCUCCCUGUGAGCACCGGCUCCGUCCGCGGGAUCUCAACUCCCCCCUCUCUCAAUGGAUCCAUGGUGGGGCAGUCCGGCAUGCGCACGCGUGCAGCACGGUUGUGGCGUCGAGGCAGCUCAUGUUGUUCCUUCAGCUUGGUUUGUGUGCGUAGUGCAGUUUGUUGCUACGGGUGGCUGGCAUCAACGUGCCUCCAGGAGCAGUCCACUCCUCAACUCGUCAUAGUUCCCUGGCGGUGGGAGAGAAGUGCAGUGCUCUAUGGUGCUCUCUUUCACGGGAGCAGGUGGUCAUCCGCUGCGGUGCAGCUCAAAAACAUGUGCCAGGCAGUUCUGUGCUUUGGCCAGGCGACGACGAGUGUUGCCCCCGGUCAACGCCAUUGUGCCUCCUUCUGCCGAGUGCAGUACUCACCUCACUACAGUACAUAUUUCCAGUGCAUGCAGCUCGCAACCCGCCAAUGUGCCAUGCAGCAAAACUUCUGCAGUUUUUUUGUUCUUUUGUUCCAAAAUUCAUAUGGUUGUGCUCAUAAAGAAAAACUUCUAUAGAGAAAAAAUAAAGAGGAAGUACAGUGCACUCCGGUCUUAAAAGAA